AUGAAAAGGUCUACAGCUAUAGAAAUUUUAAAAGAAAACUACGCCCAUAUCUGCGCCCAGGAAGAGAUUUCUCCUGAUGACGAUAUUUGGCCUCAAAAUGAUGAAGAAGACAACAGAAUUUUGAAUUUCGAUAAUUGCAAUAUAACAGAUCAGCAUCUAUCUGUAGUCGUAAAAGCCUUGAAAGUGGAUUGUUUUUUUAAAGAACUUAUAUUAUCAAAUAACCCAAUCGGUAAUGAAACAAUAUCAGCUCUGCUGAAAUUAAUUGAAAGUGAUGGCUCAGCUUUAAAAAUCAUCAGGCUCGGCAAUGGGCAACUAAAUAAAGAUUUAUCUGAUGAUUUGUGGUAUGAAGUGUCUAAAGCAGAAAUUAUACAGGAUAGAUCAUGGGUGAUUUAUCUUGGAGAGAAUUUGCUGAAUUUAGAGAGCACACAGAGAGAUUUUAAAGAAAAUCAAAAAAUUAGAAGUGCUAAAAGUUCAUGUGAUCUCAUUUUAGAUCAAGAUGUUCUAUUUAAUCAGAGUUUAGAUAAAGAUUUGAGCAGCAAUUUUGUGCAGCCAGAAUUUCCAAAUUUUAUUAGCAGAAGCAUUAGCCCCAUUGACUAUAAGGGAGCUGAUCUCCUAGACUUUUCAUGCAAGAAUAUAGUCCAAGUCCCAAGAUAUCUUGAAAACACAAGCCCAAAAAUCCUGAAUUUAGCAGACAAUAAAAUUGAAAAAAUUACAGGAAUUCCUAUAUCAAUUUUGAAAUUAAGUCUAAGAGGAAACUAUCUAACAAAAAUAGAAAACAUUGAUAAAUGUUCGAGGUUGAGGGUUUUAGAUUUGUCAAAUAACCGGAUUGCAAAAGUAGAGAAUUUAAAUUUGAAUUUUAGCCUUCAGGAAUUGAAUUUGGCAUCAAAUCAGAUAAGAGUUAUUGAAAAUUUAGAGUUGCUAAAAGAUAUCAGGAGGCUGAAUUUGGAAAAUAAUCUAUUAUCAUCAUUAAUGAGCAUUCGAGAGCUGUCAUUCAAUACAAAACUCUCAUUCUUGAUAUUGAGAGGGAACCCAAUUUCUAAUGAAAAAGGCUACAAGCCGUUAAUCACCAGUCUCCUUCCUAAGCUAGUAGUUUUAGACUACGUAAAAGUAGCAGGAGCGCAAGGAACUUUUAGGCGUGUUUUUGACAAAGAUAAUGAAUUCUUUUCAACACCUUUUCUAAGCCUUGAUAGAACCCCAGAAUCCACUUUGCGCAAAAAAAAUAAUACCACAAAAGGCCAAAAAUCAAAGCCAAUGAUUCUCAUUAAUGACAACCCACAAAUAAAAACAUCUGAAAUUCCAACAAAUUUUACAUCACCAGCGCAUGGAUAUGCUGAUACAAAUGCUGAAACUAUUAAAAAAGAGCCAUUAAGGCAUAACAUUAAGUUAGGAAAAAAUGAAAAUACUAAAUUUGAGCCCGAUAGUUCUCAUGAAUUAGCUAAGAUUAGAAGGUAUUUUAAAAAUGUUUAUAUUUUUAAGGAUAUUGCAAGUACUUUUAUAGAGACUUUAAUUAAUGCAAGCCAGUUUAGCGUGUUUGAAGAAGGUUCAAUAAUACACCAUUCAGAGGUUUAUAUAGAAAAAAUGAUUGUGGUCUAUAAAGGAAAACUUCAGCAUUUAGAUCGUGUUUAUGGUCCUGGAGCUAGUCUUUUUGCUGAUAGUUUAAUAGAACCUGAAGAAGUAUAUGGGGAUGUCGUAUGCAUUGAAAGAUGUGAAGUGUUCAUUUUAAGCAAAACUGAUUUAGACAAUAUAUCAAAAAAUUAUCCAAUAUAUAGAAAAGCUUAUAUGAAAAAUUAUGUUGAAAAAAAUGUUCAUCCAAAUGAAAUGGAUAUCAGAUCACAAAUCUAUGUCAGAAGACCAAGAAAGAAGCCAUUUGGGAUUAAAAGCCAGUCUCGAUGUAUAUCCAUGCUCAAUUUAAAAUCUCUAGUAACGAGUGAAACUUCUUAUAGUCUUGGCCUUAUUUCUCCUACAAAAUCUUUAUCGACUCCGUUGGAAUCAAAAAUUAAAUUCGAAGUUGAUGGACUGUUGAAAGCAGCUGACCCUUAUGAUGUAGAAUUUUCUCAUACAAUUCAGCCAACAAGUGGAAAAAAUGAAAUAAAACAAGCUAUAGAAAAAGUACAAAAAAUUUUUGAAGUUUAUAAAAAAGAAGAAGCCCAAGAAUUUGCAAAAGACGACGCUAUAAAUGAAGCCAAAAAUUAUUUGAAAAAUGGAGCAAGUGACCCAGAAAUAGAAUUUUUAGCUCUAAAAAGAGACUUAUUAAGAGAUUGUAUAGAAAAAUGUGAGAGUGAUGGCGAAGAAGAAUUAAUGACAGAGUAUAUUAGAUGCCUAGAUCGCGAAGAAAACAAGAAGCUUGAACAAGAUCUUUUAGAUAAAGAAAAACAUUAUAAGGACGAAAUAAUGACAUGCCAAUUAACAUUGAGCUCUUUAUUAUCACAAAAUCCUAGAUCUUUUACUGAAGAAAGAAUAAAGAUUUAUAGGAAUUUAUUAGAUGAAUGCAACUUACUCGAUCUCCAUGAUGAUCCAGCACCUGAAAUCAGCGAAGCGUGCGGAAUUAAACUUGAAGAUCCGAAAAUUAAAGAAAAAACUGACAAAGUGAUGCAAUUAAUUGCGCUUGCUAAUAAUUACAGAACUUAUAUCUCUGAGGUGCUUGAUACGCUUGAAAGUAAUAAUUAUGAUCUUUUCAAAGAAAUUCAGAGCGAAGUUUAUGAGAAAGGGCUAGCUACAAUUACUACUAGAGCGUCUGUAAAAGAAAGCUGUCAAAGCUCAUCAAGAGUUCCAUCAUCUCGCUAUAGUGAAUUAGAGCUUAAAUCAUAA